AGCGACGCUCAGUGUUCGUCCGGCAUCGCUCGAGAGCGCACGUCCGGUGCUUCCCUGAAAUAAACAAAUCCAUAUGUGAUACACGUAACUAGAUAAACUUUUGUAUAGUAUGCAAUGUGAACUGAACUUCUUUCACGAAUUAACGCAUCGGAUCAAAGAUGAAGUCGUGGACCGCCCACGACCAGGACACGACGCUGUCGUGUUGUCGCACUCUGCAUGUCAAGCAUGCGGCGUAUGCCAGCGCACUUUAUACAUUGAAUAUAUCAAUAUUAGUGGUGCUGUUGUACAGUUGGAGGAUCGGAGUCAACGCUAAGAGAUACAAGGAGUUGGACGAUGUAUAUUAUGGUGUACAGAUAGCAUAUUUUGCAAUAAUAGGAACACAAAUGUUUAUGAUUGUCCUGAGCAUAUUCCUGUUCUACGGAAUUUAUAAAGAAAAUAUCGCAUUCUUGGUUCCGUGGGUGGUCGGCUGCAUGACAUUCAUGGCUCUCGAGGCCAUGGCCAUGGUGUACUCCAACAUUCUCAGAGACCAUAUUAACAAGCAAUUCGACGCUAUGUGUAAAGCGGAGAUAUCUUUCUUAAUACCAAGGAUAUUCUUGAAUUGUCUAUGCAUAUGGUGCGUGCUUCGACUAUACCAUCUCCUCCGCGCCGGAGUGACGUGGAAGGGCGCGGCUGCCAUCGAGCUGUGACUACUGCCACCCGGCCAACUGCCUGACGCCAAGCAAGCGCCGUGCGAGUCCUCACUGCUGCUCGGCAACGCUGAGAGUGACACUGACGCCAGUCUGCAUUCCCUAUGACGCCGUGUCAAAUGUUUAUAAGAUCAUGUGGCUUUUGCUCUCGUCUGUAGAGUUGGCAUGAGAUUUUGUGGGAACGUAAUCGAAUACAGCGCCAAAAUGUGUAUGGAAACAGUGCUUCUGUCAAGGGAAUUAUAGAUUUUUCCAUAUAUAUUUUCACGUAGUCGAUACUCUUAACUAACACCACAGUUCAGGCAGGUCUUUUGCUAUAAUUUGAUUGUAUAUGUGGCUCAGUGAUCGCUUCCAAAGUUUUAUUCAAAGUGUUAGUUUGGGCGUGGUAAAUUUAAUUGGCUACCUGUGUUGGCUACCUAGACAAGGACGUGGCAUUACAUUUAAUUUUUUUUUCAGACGUGACAUUGAAUUGUCAAUAAAGGGUGAACUGGAAAUGGCGUCAUUAUAGACAAAAUCUCUUAAAAUUAUUAAUUUGUUAUUGGCAAAAUAUGAGCAAUAUGAGCAUAGUAUAUUUUUGCAAGCAAAGCUACAUCUAAAUGAAGUUAUUAGAUUUAUGGACAUAUGGAGUUGGUCAUUGGGUGGUCACAAAUGUUGUAUCAUAACUCUUCCAUGGCGUAUUUAAGGUAUGAGUAAAAUGAACAUUAUUGUUUAAUAUUAGAUAAGUGUAUUUAUUUCGGCGAAAAUCGAUCAAGUGUAAGACAAUGAGGGAUGGUAUCGUUUUUCAUUAAUCUCAGAUAUUGUUUUUGUUGGCUCUGUAUUUUUUGUUAUUUAUGGAUUCUGGUUGAAAAACAUAGAAAAAUAAGCUAUUUCACAUUUUCUAACUGCUGUGAUAUCUUCUUUUGUUUCAAAUCGUUAGUUAAAGCAAAGUGAACGACUUGGAUUUUAAUGUAUGGAUGGGUUUGGCAAAAUCCCGAAAGAGAUUAUAUAAAAUGCAAAUAAAAAGAUAUUGAAAAACAAAAUAUUCAAGAUGGCUCCAGGGAUAAGCCUUAGCUCAAGGUUGAGAUUGUUUAGUUUGGAAGUAUAAAAAAGUAUAUACUUUUUGAUUUCGAUAUUCUAAAAAAAAAAUGAUUUUUAUCAUGAAAAGUUGAAAUACAUGAGAUCAAAAAUAUUUUACAAUGAUUUUACUUUUUGGUAUUACUUAAUUGAAAAAUGUAUAAUUCUUUUCAUUAUUUGUUAAAACAUAAAUAUACGUAUGUUUAUGUUUUAAUUAACAUAUACGUUGAAAACAACGAAAAUAAUACAUAGUGAAAUAAAAAUAGCGGUUUUCGUUUCAAUAAUAAACAAAAUAGAUAUACAUACUUUAAAAGGUAUUUGCAUGAUUCAAAAUUAUACAGUAUUUGUAAAUAUUUAAACAUAUAUUUGUAUAGAAAACUGUAUAAAAGCUGUAUAUAAAAUACGUUAACGCUUAAAAAUUUUAAUGUACUCAAAUAAAUAAAAGUAAUAUUGUUACCGAGACAAUAUAUUAAAUAGACUUUUAAGAAAACCUAAAGGGAAAAUUUACAUUAAUUAUCUGAAAAUAGAACAUUAUUUAGUUGGAACUCUAACGAGUGAAUUUUCAAAUAGUUCUCCACGCAUCAUUUUCGGUCCAACUUGUAUAUGUCGAAGUUGCAAUAUAAUUGUAUAUAUGUAAGAGUAUAAAAUAUGUUAAUAACAGAUUCCAAUAUUGAUUAAGUAAACGUAUAAUAAAUUGAAUGUUGAUAUCUU